AUGCAGUUAGCCCUUUCAAGAAUCAAGCAAGGAACGCCUCUUUCUUUAAGACAAGCAGCAGUGGCUAGCCCGGAUGGUCCAGCACCUACUAUGAUUGGCCCAGGCACCCAUACACACCUGCUUGCCGAUAUAGACAUCUUCUUGUUGAAAUGGUCAU